CCUACUUUCGUAUUUGACACAUUUCACCUUCAAAUAUUUUCCUGUAGUAAUUGUGGAAUUAUAAGGCGAAGAUGUCAUUGUCAGCUAUCAAAGUAGCUUCAACGCCUUUCGAGGGACAAAAGCCUGGUACAAGUGGGUUGAGGAAGAACGUCAAAGUCUUCCAAGGAGAACAUUACACUGAAAACUUUGUACAAUGCACAUUGUCUGCAAUGGGAGAAAAACUUCCUGGAUCAACAUUGGUGGUAGGAGGUGAUGGACGAUUUUUCUGCAAACAAGCAGUGGAAAUCAUCAUCAAAAUGUCUGCAGCUAAUGGUGUGCGGAAACUUAUCGUUGGUCAAAAUGGUGUCCUCUCUACUCCUGCAGUUUCUAGACUUAUAAGGAAAUACAAGACACAGGGUGGCAUCAUACUCACUGCCAGUCACAACCCUGGUGGUCCUAAUGGUGACUUUGGCAUCAAGUUUAAUAUAGCAAAUGGAGGUCCAGCUCCAGAGGCAGUCACAAAUGCCAUCUAUCAGCUGUCCACCACAAUUACAGAAUAUAAGACUUGCCCAAACCUUACCAUGGACAUAUCAACUACAGCCAACAAGAGUUUCAAAGUUGAUGAUCAUGACUUUGAAGUUGAAAUUAUAGAUUCUGUAAAAGACUACGUUGAAUAUAUGAAAGAACUGUUUGAUUUUAAUGCAAUAAAGCAGUUAUUGACUGGGCCUGAUUCAUUGAAGAUUCUCAUAAAUGCAAUGCAUGGCGUCACUGGUCCUUAUGUGAAAAGUAUAUUCUGCCAAGAGUUAGGUGCCCCUGAGACAUCAGCUGUUAAUUGUGUACCAUUGGAAGACUUUGGCGGAGGCCAUCCAGACCCUAACUUGACCUAUGCCCCUGAAUUGGUCAGUGAAAUGAAAAAAGGAGUUCAUGGAUUGGGAGCUGCUUUUGAUGGAGAUGGAGAUCGCAAUAUGAUUCUAGGAAAAAAUGCUUUCUUUGUCAACCCCUCAGACUCCCUGGCAGUCCUGGCAGCCAACUUAGAGUGUAUGCCAUACUUCCAGAAGACUGGAAUAAAAGGCUAUGCAAGGAGUAUGCCAACAGGGGCAGCCAUAGACAGAGUAGCAAAUGACAAAGGCCUGCCAAUAUUUGAGGUGCCCACUGGCUGGAAAUUCUUUGGCAACUUAAUGGAUUCUGGUCAAUUGUCUCUGUGUGGAGAAGAGAGCUUUGGAACAGGAUCCGAUCAUAUAAGGGAGAAGGAUGGCAUCUGGGCUGUUUUAGCUUGGCUUUCUGUAGUGGCACAUCAGAAAAAAUCCCUUCAAGAAAUCCUCACUGCCCAUUGGAGUAAAUAUGGUCGCAAUUUUUUUACAAGGUAUGAUUAUGAGAACUGUGAAUCUGAACCAGCCAAUCAGAUGAUUGCAAACCUGAACAAAUAUGUAGCUGACCAAUCAAAUGUUGGGAAAGAAUACUCUGAGGGUGGAAAAACUUUCAAAGUUGCACUUAUUGACAAUUUUGGAUAUACAGACCCAAUAGAUGGAAGUGUUUCCAAAAACCAGGGAAUCCGGAUUAUAUUCAGUGAUGGGUCUCGGAUUAUAUUCCGAUUGAGUGGUACAGGAAGCUCAGGGGCAACUAUUCGCAUGUACAUCGAUAGCUAUGAGGCUGAUCAAGCUCAGCAUAUGAAUGAUCCUCAGGAUGCACUGAAACCUCUUGUGGAAAUUGCCCUUAAACUGUCUCAGCUGAGAGAGCUGACAGGGAGGCAGCAACCAACAGUCAUUACUUAACUUCUUCAAUGAAUCUAUAUUGAGUGUAUUACAAAUACAACCCUGGGACUUUAUUAUACACGCUUGUUUACACUUGCUUUAACCAAUGUACAAAGGGGAAGUUAGAAUUACAUUUACUAUGACAUGAAUGAUAUGGAUUCUUUAAUAAUAAAAUGUUAAUUUGGGUACAUUAUUUCUCUGUUUUUGAUUUGAUUAUGUAUGUUUUAAUUUGUUGUUCUUUUUUUGUGAUUUUAUGCUUUGAAUUGUGUGAACUUGCCUUACAGUCUAUAAAUUUAUAAUAGGCCUUUGCUAAAUAAAAAUGGAAUGGUAAUGUGUAAUUUCUGUCAACAAAUAUCUUGUUCUUGUUAUAUAAUAGUAAACAUUGAAAAGAUUACAUGAUUAAGAAUAAAUUCAUUAUGUAUGAGCCAAGUAUAGGUUUCCCAUGCUCUCCUUAUCUAAUGUCAUUUUUACAACUGAGAAAUCAAGCAUUACGUAUUGUAUGAUGAAUACUGGACUUAACUACCAUAAUCAACUCCACCCAUUAGUUUCUCAAAAUGAUUCUUUGAACACUUCCAAAGUGGAACACAUUUUUGAGGUGUUCCAAUUACGCAGCUUUCACUGCAUUGUACAUCUGUUAUCUACUAUCUACCCUGGAUUGGCGUAAAUGUUUGGCAAAGAAUCUUUUUUUAUUUAUCACAUCAUUGGUCAUUAACUAGCACAUGAGAUAGUGAGAAACAUUCAAAUGACAUCAUGUUGAUUAAAGCAUUAUGAAUAUUCAUUGAUAAUCACCUCUAUUAUACUUGCAUCGCCACUUAACUAUUGACUAAAAAAUAAAGAUUUCAAUCAUAUGCGAGGUGUGAGGAUUGAUAUCAACAUAAGAUCAAGUUUGUAUGUGUUCAUAAUUUAUUCCAUUUCAUUUCAAACAGAGUUCCUGAAUAUUAACACCACAAUGCAUCAAGGUUGUUAUUUCCCGAAACAAUAUCAUUGCUGUUCAGUAUUUCUUCGAGUUCCUCGCUAAUUAAUCUGAGAGGUCAGU